UUGAAGGAGGUCUCGAUGAGGAAGCAUUCUAGGCAGGGGGGACAAUGAAAAUGCCCAGAAUGGAGACAGGAGCAAGGAACCGCAGGGUGUCUAGUGUAACUGGAUAGCAGAAUUCAUAGGGAGGUAGGAAGUGGUGCAGUGUAAAUACAUAAGACUGCAAAGAAGUGGGCAAGAUUAUAAAGGGAUUUGAAUUCUUAACUGAGGAUUUGGUUUGGUCCUGGAGAUAAGAAGCUGCAGGAAUUCGGUGGAGAGGCAGCGGGGGCGGGGCGGGGCGCAGUUGGGGGAUGGGGUAGGGCAGGGUGUGACAUAGUCCGACCAGUGUUUUAGAAAGAUCCCUUGCACUGCGGAGUGGAGGAUGGACCGGGUUGGGGGAGACUUGCGGUAAUCGCCCAAACAGGAGGUGAUGGGCGCCUGCACCAGGGUGGGCGCAAGAUCAGAGGAUAGAAGGGGGUGUUUUGGGGAGAGCUUACAAAGAUGAAAUCGAGUGGCAUUGGCAAAAGAUUAAAUAUGGUAGAGUAGGGUGUGAGAGUGAGGAGUCAAGAAUGCCUCCUAGGUUAAAAAAUGAUAGUUAAACAAAUUAGGCGGCGAAUUCCCUCCGCCCUCCCCAACCAAGCACUAAACCAGUUCGAUUCAGCUGCUUCCCCUCCCCCAUCCCGCAGACUGAGAGCCCAGACUGCUCAAAUCCUUCUGCACUGAGCUAAAUUCGAUUGGCAGUCUUUGCAGAAUUACAUAACGGGGCUGACGUGGGAUGAGAGGUAGAGGUCUGCGGCAAAAAAAAAUCGAGAGACGAAGACUUCCCUUUCGAGAAACAAUCAAUCCUUUGCACCCACCCCAGCUUCUCCAGGGCCGGCUCUACCAGGCCCCGUGACUGCAGAUCAGUUUAGGGGCGGGGUUUCCCGCAGAAAAUCAGCUCUGGUCUCCCAUUAGUUUAUCUUCUCCGUCAGUCAGUCGAGGUCCCGCCUCAUUUCCCAACGCUACGGAAGCCACACCUCCCCCGGAAGGCGGGUUUUAACGGUUGAUUGGUGGAGAUAGUGCCGGUGGAAUCAGUUAGGGGGCGGUGCUGGGAGGAGAAAAUACAGAGAAAGGAGGGGGCGGAGUCUAGAGAACGUCAUUCCCUUUUCCCCUUCAGCUGUGAGGCUGCUGCUGCGGUGACUGCUCUGGCUGUGGCUGUCGCCGUCUUGUGACCAUGGCUGCGCUAGCCCUUCUGGCAUUGCUCCUUCCCGGUGUAUUGGGGAAUGAGUUUAGUGUGUUAAGAUCACCAGAAUCUGUUGUUUUCCGAGAUGGAAAAUGGCCAAUACCUGGAGAUCGGAUUCCAGAUGUGGCUGCAUUAUCCAUGGGUUUUUCUGUGGAAGAGGAUCUUUCAUGGCCUGGACUUGCUGUGGGCAACUUAUUCCUUCGUCCUCGAGCUACAGUUUUGGUGACAGUGAAAGGAGUGGACAGUUUGGCUUUACUCAAGAAUGUUGUCUCAUACCCGCUUGAGAAUGCAGUUCCUUUCAGUCUUGACAGUGUUGCAAAUUCUAUCCACACUUUUUUUUCUGAGGAAACACCUGUAGUUUUGCAGUUGGCUCCUAGUGAGGAAAGAGUGUAUAUGGUGGGGAAAGCAAAUGCUGUGUUUGAAGACCUUUCAGUCACCCUCCGGCAGCUGCGCAAUCGCCUAUACCAGGAUAACUCCAUUCUUAGCUCUCUCCCCCUUAAUUCUCUGAGCAGGAACAAUGAUGUUGAUUUACUGUUUCUUUCUGAGUUACAAGUUCUACGUGAUAUCUCAAAUUUGUUGUCUCGACACAAGCAUCUAGCCAAAGAUCAUUCUCCUGACCUGUAUUCUCUGGAGCUGGCAGGCUUAGAUGAAAUUGGAAAACGCUAUGGAGAAGAUUCUCAGCAGUUUAAAGAUGCUUCACAGAUUCUUACUGACUUUCUACAAAAGUUUGCAGAUGAGAUGUAUAACCUUUAUGGUGGGAAUGCCGUCGUGGAAGUAGUGACAGUAAAGGCGUUUGACACUCCCCUGGUGAGAAAGACACGAACCGUUCUUCAGACAAAAUCAAAGGCAGUUAAAGGAAAUCUAUACAACCUUGCACAUAGGUACAGUGCAAAUUAUGCAGUGGUCUUCAACAUAGUUCUUUGGUUAAUGCUGGGCAUAGCCUUAGCUGUGAUCAUCAUCUCCUACGGGCUCUGGAACAUUGAUCCUGGAUAUGAUGGCAUUGUUUAUAGGAUGACAAAUCAGAAGAUCCGAAUGGAUUAACCUUUUUCUGUGCCAUCCUACUAAAAGAAUAUGGGAACCACCCAUAUUAUAUUAAGAUAAAUGUUUGGAUAUGACUUAAAGUGGAUGUUGUAUUUAAAAUGUAUUAAAAGAUGAUUUGUUUUCUAUUUUGUGUGUACUUGUAACCAUUUUUCAAAGUGGGUAAUAUUUAAGUGAAAUUGUGACAAAAAUCUUUCACUCUGCUAUGUUAUUACAGUGGUGUUAAAAUAUUUCAUUCCAUUUUAAAUUUGAAAAUAUGCACUGAUAAUUCCUUAAGUAUUUAUACUUAAUAUAUAAAUGUUAGCCUUUUUGACUCAUUUCUGUGGAACAAAUGCACUAAAAGUAUAAUAGAAUUUUUUUCUGAGUUCUUUAUCUCUACAUGGUACAGGUAGAAAUCAUCUCUAGAUUGUUAUGUAUUAUUAUGCACUACUUGUAAAUGUCUUAAGGUGAUAUAAAUAUCUUGAAUAGUUGCUAGAUGAAAGUUUUUAUGAUCUUCAAAAGCCCUAAAAUGGGGGAAAUGCUUAUACACAUAGUUUUAGAAAAAUAUUCCCAUAGACAGAGGAUAACUUUUUUUUUACCUCUUCUGAAAGUUUGAUGAUUUAUUAAGAAGUGGUUAAAAACUAGAAAAGGAAUCAUGUAGAGUAUUUGACUGGACUGGACCCAGGAGAUCAGGGUUCUUCUAAUUCCACUUCAUGCCAUGUCUAGCUAUGUGACAAUAGAGGAGUCACUAACCUCUUUGGGCCUCAGUUUCCCCUUCUUUAAAAUGAGGGGCUUGGACUUAAAUGCCAUUUCAGUUCCUGCCAACUCUGAAAUACUCUCAUUUGUCGGCAUAUGGUAUUGUGAAUUCUUACAGUUAUGCACACAGACACACAUUUCUGUAUGGUGGUACUUUUGGGAAUGGCUUGAGUUGAAAAUCCAUUUUUUAUUUUAAUGUCUGUUUUUCAGCUCCUAUAUUAGUUUGUGAGGUUGAUGUUACAAUUUCAUUCUACAGAAUGCUAAACAGAUGAUUCCUACUUUUUGAUGUGGACCAAUGUAUCAAGCUUAUAAAUGACUGAAAUAAAUAAAAAUUGAUAAGGAUUGCAAA